AAUCAUACUGGAAUGUGUUAAAGAAUUCAUCUCUGUAAAUUUAAAGAUGUCUAUUGAAGACCCCUUUUUUGUUGUAAAAGAAGAAGUACAGAAGGCAAUUCACACAUCCCAAAACUUGCAUGACAGAUGGUCAGAGUUGAUAAAUAACCCCAAAUCUGUGUCAAAAGAAGAGCUAGAAUGGACAACCAGUGAACUGAGGAAUAGUCUGAGGAGCAUUGAGUGGGACCUUGAGGACCUUGAGGAGACUGUAGGAAUUGUCGAGAGAAACCCCAGAAAGUUCAAAAUUGAUCAAGAUGAGCUCCAAGAAAGAAGGGCAUUCAUAGACAGAAGUAAAGCUAUUGUUAAAAGAAUGAAAGAAGAUUUGGCAAGUCCUCAAGCAAAAGAAAAGGACGAUGGAAAUGUACGACAGGCUCUGUUAAAUGGACAAAGUAAACAGUAUGACAAAUAUACCAGACUGGACCAAGAAAUGGAGAGAUCCAACCAAAGAUACUUAGAGGAUAGCCACCAACAGCAACAGACAAUAAUAAAGUCACAAGAUGAUCAGUUAGACAUGAUAGGGUCUAGUGUUGGAGUACUGAAGAAUAUGAGUCACCAAAUAGGCAAUGAAUUGGAGGAACAAAAUCUAAUUUUAGAUGAAUUUGGUCAUGAAAUGGACAACACAGAAUCCAGAAUGGACACCACAAUGAAGAAAAUGGCCAAAGUGAUGCACAUGUCAAAUGACAGGAGACAAUGGUGUGCUAUUGGUGUUUUACUAGUCAUACUGUUAAUAAUAAUUAUACUUUUCAUGGUAUUAUGAUGUAAAGACCACACAUUUUGAUAAGUCAUAAUAAUUAUACUAUUUAUGGUGUUAUGAUGUAAAGACCAAAUAUUUUGAUAAAUCAGUAACUUGCAUCAUGAUGUGUUUUAAGUGUAUGUGACUUACACAAUGUGAUGAUUUCCCACCACAUAACGUACUUAGUUUUCCAGCGUACCCACUGCCAAGAAAUUAACAGGAAAUGCCUCCUCUGUUAAAUCACUAUCUUUCCUUUGUUGAAUUUUCUUCUCAGCAUUGAGUUUUUUGAAAAUUUGCUUGGUAUGGUUCGCUAAAUUUCUUUAAAUUUUAUUUUUUGUCUAUCUUGUUAUACAGAAUUGUACAGAAAAAUCCAUCUUAGUUAACAGAUAAAGUCUUUCCUCUGUCUUUAAUCUGUGAAACUUUCAAGUAAAAUAGCUUGAGUAGCCAAUAUUACAAAAAUUUUAGAUUUAUAUUUUUUGGCAUCAUAAUUUUCAUCUCUUCUAUUUGCAUGAUUACUGUACAGUAAGAGAAAUAUGAAGAUAACAAACACUCAAAGAAGAAUUUUCAUUGGGAUGCUUUUGUACUGUACAUACUUUUUACUAGAUUUCCAUGUUUCUUUUUUGAGAAGCUAUGAGGAAGCAUAUGCAUCUGUAGUUUAUUUCUGUUUUAUCAUGUACCAAACAUUAUUUCUAGAAAGGUAAUAGAAGCUUGUCUUUAGAUUAAACCAGAAAUAUUUUUUGGGGGGAAAUUCUGAGAAGGAAGUUUUUGUUUUUCUUGUGUUUGAUCUGAUUUUUGUUUCACUAUUGUUUAUAAAAGUACAGGAUUAAUAGAUCCUAUGUUUAUGUCACAUGACCUAUGUGUACUUGUCUCUGUUUCUUGUAAUUUCAUUAGAAGAGAUUACGAGCCUUAAAUUGAAUACAAAUUACAAUACAUGUAAAGGUUCUGUUAUUCAAUAUUUCCAUGAUUUCUGUGUAGGUUGUUCAUAUAUUUUUCAAUGUUUGAACAUAUGAAUGAGGAAAAUACUUAAUGUUGCAGAAAAUUUUAAUUUGUAAAUUUUUUCAUCAUUUUUGAGACAAACACUUCAAUUACAUCAUAUGUUUCACAAAAUGUGUUUUUUCUCAUAAAGUACACUGAGUGAUUUUAAUGAAAAAAUUCAAGCACCUGUUAUUAAUAAAUUUGUAAUGUGUUGAAAAUGGGAAUAUCAGGACAUUUUUCAAAAUGUUCCUAUAGCAUUACCUGGUAUUUGGGUUUUGCUUUGUUAUCAUUUCAAGGUCUUUUUUUUUAAAUUAAUUAUAUACAUAUGCACAAAGAGACAAUGGUGUUUCCCUCAACACCCUUUUAAUAUCUGUCAUUAAGUCAGAUUUUUCUUGUUAUAUCUGUAAUUAAUAACUUGACAUUAUUUACAAACAAUUGUAACAAGGAAAUUUUUAAAAAAAAUUCUCUUGAAUUGCUCUUGAUACUUAUUUCUAUCAACACUUAAUUGUUAGAGUGUAUUGAUUUCGUGUUAUGAUAUUUAACCUUGUUAUGACCCGAAAAUGAUUUCAGGAUUAAAGUAGAUUUUAUAAUUAGCCGAGCCUGCAAUUACAAUUAAGGAAAUACUUAUGUACUAAGACAAGAUGAUCUUGAUAGGGUGCUGUUGUAGACAAUAGGCACAUACUAAACAUAUCAUGCUUUUUUAUUAAGAGUUUAGAAUUGUAGAAUUGUUUUUUCUUCACUUAGAAAUGCUAAGUUUUUAAAAUCUUUUCUGUUCUUUAUGUUUUGUCAUCAUUGUGUUGCUUAUGAUGGUUGCAAUAAAAGUAGUGAACAAGAAUAGAGUUUCUGUAACAUCUGUUUAUAUUUACUUGCUUAUGUGAUUUUCUGAAUAUAGGUUAUAUUGAAACAUGUUGUUAAAAGUUUGCAUGUUAUUUAUAUGUUGUUAUUUCAGAUAUUUUAAAUCCUCCAUUGAGAAUCAUUGUACACCGCAUUUAUUUUGUAGAAUA